AUGAAUGUCCUCAAGCUUCAGAAGAAGUUCCCCCAGCUCGACCAGGGUGAGAUCUUCUCUCUGCAGGAUGCUUUUAAUCGACUGGAUGUCGAUGACCGGGGCUAUCUGGACGAAUCCGCCGUGAUCAAGGCCGCCCAGCAAUCCGAACGGCAGCCGUACGACGUCGUGCGCCAGGCGUUGAAGAAUGUUGAACUCGAUAGCUCCCGACGGGUGGAGCUCGAGGACUAUAUUGAUCUGGUAUCGAGGCUUCGUACAGCACCGGCUCCCGCUGCCGCCGCCGCCGCCAGUCCCGCCGCGGUGAUCCAAGGGGCCGCAGCGGGCGCAGGUGCGGGCGCUCGCGGCCACGCUUCCAAGGGCAGCGUGGGAGGCCGGAUCCAUGUUCAGGGCUCUUCGGCCAACGUCACGCAUACGAUCAACGAAGAUGAGCGAACCGAGUUUACAAGACACAUCAAUGCCGUUCUCGCCGGCGAUCCAGAUAUCGGCAAUCUCCUACCUUUCCCCACGGACACCUUUGAGAUGUUCGACAAGUGCAAGGAUGGAUUGGUGUUGGCGAAGCUGAUCAACGACAGCGUGCCCGACACCAUUGAUGAGCGCGUCUUGAACAAGGCAGGGAAGAAGAUCAAGGCAUUGAACGCUUUCCACAUGACCGAGAACAACAACAUCGUCAUCAACUCGGCCAAGGGUAUCGGUUGCUCUGUCGUCAAUAUCGGCAGUGGCGAUAUCAUUGAGGUCCGCGAGCAUCUCAUCCUGGGCCUGAUCUGGCAGGUUAUCCGUCGUGGUCUUCUCGGCAAGAUUGAUAUCAAGCUCCACCCCGAGCUGUACCGGUUGCUGGAAGAGGAUGAGACCCUAGAGCAGUUCCUGCGGUUGCCUCCGGAGCAAAUUCUGCUCCGUUGGUUCAAUUACCACCUCAAGAAUGCCAAGUGGGAGCGAAGAGUGACGAAUUUCUCCACCGACGUGAAGGAUGGCGAGAACUACACUGUUCUCCUGAACCAAUUGGCCCCCGAUCUCUGCUCCCGCGGCCCUCUCCAGACCAGAGACCUGCUGCAACGUGCCGAACAGGUCCUUACGAACGCCGAAAAGCUGGAAUGCCGCAAAUUUUUGACCCCGACCUCUCUCGUCGCUGGAAACCCGAAACUGAACCUUGCCUUUGUUGCCAAUCUGUUCAACAACCACCCCGGGCUGGAACCGAUUACCGAAGAAGACAAGCUGGAGAUCGAAGACUUUGAUGCUGAGGGUGAGCGUGAAGCCCGAGUCUUCACCCUGUGGCUGAACUCUCUGGAUGUUCAACCCGCGGUGAACUCGUUGUUUGAUGACCUGCGUGAUGGCAGCGUCCUGCUACAAGCGUACGACAAGGUCAUUCCCGGAAGUGUCAACUGGAGGCAUGUCAACAAGCCCCCAGCGUCUGGUGGUGAGAUGAUGCGGUUCAAGGCGGUAGAGAACACCAACUAUGCCAUUGAGCUCGGAAAACACAACGGUUUCUCUCUGGUUGGGGUGCAGGGCGCCGAUAUCACCGACGGCCAGCGGACCCUCACGCUGGGUCUGGUGUGGCAGCUGAUGCGCCGCGACAUCACCAACACUCUCUCUGCUCUUGCACAGCGGCUGGGCAAGCGGGAGAUCACCGAUGCAGAGAUGAUCAAGUGGGCAAAUGAGAUGUCCCGCAGUGGUGGCCGCACAUCCGCGGUCCGCAGCUUCAAGGACCCGUCCAUCGGGUCGGGAGUGUUCCUGCUCGACGUGCUCAAUGGCAUGAAGAGCAGCUACGUGGACUAUGACCUGGUGACUCCCGGAAAGACCGAUGAGGAGGCGUAUGCCAACGCCAAGCUGAGUAUCAGUAUUGCUCGCAAGAUGGGAGCCACCAUCUGGCUAGUGCCGGAGGAUAUCUGCCAAGUGCGGUCUCGCCUGGUCACUACUUUUAUUGGCUCUCUCAUGGCUACAUACGAGAAGAUGUAG